AGGCGGCUGAGGCGGUUACGGUUGAGAUCUCGAGUUUGAGUCGCGCAAUCAUGGCCAAGCACCUUGUUCUCAACACCGGCGCCAAGAUGCCAAUCCUCGGGCUGGGCACCUGGAAGUCACCUCCAGGCCAGGUGACGGAGGCCGUGAAGGCAGCAAUCGAUCUCGGGUACCGCCAUAUCGACUGUGCCCACGUGUACCAGAACGAGAAUGAGGUGGGGGUGGCCCUGCAGGAGAAGCUCAAGGAGCAGGUGGUGAAGCGUGAGGAGCUCUUCAUCGUCAGCAAGCUGUGGUGCACUUUCCAUGACAAGAGCCUGGUGAAAGGAGCGUGCCAGAAGACACUCAGCGACCUGAAGCUGGACUACCUGGACCUCUACCUUAUUCACUGGCCCACAGGCUUUAAGCAAGGCAAUGAGUAUUUCCCACUGGAUGCGGCAGGCCAAGUGAUUCCCAGCGACACUGACUUUUUGGACACGUGGACGGCCAUGGAGGAGCUUGUGGAUGCAGGGCUGGUGAAAGCUAUUGGCAUCUCCAAUUUCAACCAUCUGCAGACCGAGAGGAUCUUAAACAAGCCUGGCUUAAAAUACAAGCCAGCAGUUAACCAGAUUGAGUGCCACCCGUACCUAACUCAGGAGAAGUUAAUCCAGUACUGCCAUUCCAAAGGCAUCGUGGUGACAGCCUACAGUCCCCUUGGCUCUCCCGACAGGCCCUGGGCCAAGCCCGAGGACCCUUCUCUCCUGGAGGACCCUAGGAUCAAGGCAAUUGCUGAGAAACACAAGAAAACCACAGCCCAGGUCCUGAUCCGGUUCCCCAUGCAGAGGAAUGUGGUGGUGAUUCCCAAGUCUGUGACCCCGGCACGCAUUGCUGAAAACUUUCAGGUCUUUGACUUUGAAUUGAGCAGUGAGGAGAUGGCCACCUUAUUGAGCUACAAUAGGAACUGGAGAGUCUGUGCACUGGUGAGCUGUUCCACUCAUAAGGAUUAUCCCUUUCACGCCGAGUUCUGAAGCGGUGGACGCCUUCUGUUCUCCAUCUGCUCGUUCUGCUUUCUACCUUAUGUGUCCCUCGGCAGUGGGCAGCAGCCCACAGCUUCACGGAUUACUAGCCAGGGAAGGCCUGUUCAGUUGGGAUGGGGAGUGAGCAGUGCUAUCAGUAGAUUAGAAGUCUCUGCCAGUGUUUUCUUUACCUUUGUUCUUGCCCAGCUGGGAAAAGUACAACUUGGGUCUCCAUUUCUGACCCAGGAGAAGUUAAACUGUAAAAAGUCAAAAGAAUGCCACUAACAGUUGAAUUUUGACUGCUUAGAACUGUAAUCCUUUCAGCCACACUGCCUCCAAUAAAAAGUGCUUUUGUGGUC